GUAGAAACGAAACCCGAGGUUCUGGUUCAUUAUCAGUUAGCCUAAUUUCUCAAGCACUCUUUAUUAUCCCCGAAGCUUCCCGGCGGGCCUGAGUCCAUACGAGAGAUGCUAAUCUGCUAUUCAUUCUCCCUUUAUUGACCCGGGCUUUGAGUCCCAGCCCUCUCCCCUUUCCGUACUCAGCUUAUCACUGGACUCUCGCUGCCUCCCUUCGUUUCGUUGUCGGUAUCUCGUGCUGUCGCUCCUUAGCCAAGAGCAAGGCUGAAGCUCGCGCAUUAUCCGCCUAAACACUACGCCUCGACGAUCUGCUGUUCCUCUUAUCAAGUUGCCCGCGUCCACAUGGCCAUGGCUGAAACGACGCCCCAACCUCAUGAUCGGCCAGACCGAGUGGGCCGGCGGCGGCCGUUCUCUACCCUGAUGAGGAAGCUUGCCAACCUCAAGGGUGCAUCCUCUGCCGACGGCAACCGCCUCGCAAAUUCGAAACGAAACAAUACUACUUCUAAGAAGGGACAUUCCAAAAACAACAACCCGUACCCGCUAUCUGGGAGGAUAGGGACUAGCCCUGGCACGCAGAACAGCCAUUACUCUUUCUCGACGGCCCGUAGCACCAGGACGUCGAGCGCUACAUCCCUGGGGCGGGGCAGCUCCAUUCGCUCCUCCGUCGAAGGUCGAGUGCCUCCCACUGGCGGCACUAGGUCUAUGGCCCCUACCGUGUCAACGGACCACGAAACCUCGCGAUCGAUAACAACUCGGUCGCACGGCGCCUCAUCCCUGGCUGGAACUAGCCGCACGGCCAACGGCGGCCUCGAGUCCCGUAGAGGCGGCGAUAGUACAUUCUCCUCGCCGGCCCCCUCUGUGCGCUCCCUCACCACAACCCUCACGACCAUCCAGUCGAUGGCUCCAAACGGGUUCCAAAACACCAACCCGACCAACACCAACAUAAGCAGCCACCACGGGCACCAUUCCCACCCUUCCAACUCCCAAGUCAUCCACUUCGACCAGCCCUUCCCCACAGCCUCCCCCGCAUCCGCCAUCCCUGCCCACCUCACCCCCUCCCUCAGCACGCCGGGCCAUCCGACCACCUACUCCACCGCCACGGCCAACAACCUCCUGACGGACAACGCCUCGAUCCUGACCCUCGCGUCGUCGUCCAAGCGCCGCCGCCGCCGCUCCCUCGACACGGACGCCUCGGUACGGGCCCUGGCGCCGUCGUCCCUGUUCGGCGGCAGCCGCGAGUCGCUGCCCCUCAGCGUGCUGAGCGCGACCGUCGACGGCGUCGGGCCCACGACGCCGGGCCUCCACCGCGGCGCCGCGGCCGCGGCCGCGGGUGCCGUGGCCAACGAGCGCACCAGCAUCUACUCGACGACGGGGAUCCUGGCCAGCGAGCGCAACAGCCUCUACGCCAAGCAGGGCAUGGGCGGGCCCGCCGGCGGCGGCGACGGUGCCAGCGUCAGGAGCGGGCUUUUGGGCCAUGGCAGGGCUGACAGCGUCACAGGCAGCAUCGGCGGGAUGGCGACUAGUCCGCUGGCGAGCCCGUGGGAGGUGGUGUUGGAGAAGGAGAAGGAGGACGGCAGAGUGGGAGAGAGAGUUGAGGAGGACGAAGAGCGUUACAAGCCAGGGGGCGAGAACAGGGAGUACGGGCGUGACGCGAAGGAUUAAGAAGGCAUGGUUGAGCAAGGGAACGACAGGUCUGGGAUACGGGUGGGGAUACCAUUUUUUUCCUCUUCAGGAUUGUGUUUGUGGAGUUGUUGGCUUCGGUCGCAAGGGAUAAGCAUUAUCGGCUAUGGAUUCGGAUGAGGUCAAGGGAACGAUGCGAUUGAAUUCUGGGCAUAAUACUGGUUUGGAAGUGAUGGAGACCACGGUUAUGCGCAAGCAUCGAGAUAUUAUCAAUUUUCAACUAGCUUGGCGCCAAAAAGGGGUAGCGAUUAAUACAAUCUCAUGAUGCCCUUUGAA